GGCGCACCACAAUCCACUAAACCUCAAAUUGAUUAGCGUCGUUUCGGCGUCAGCUUCUCGCAGCAGUCAUAUCUUGCGCCGCGACAAAUCAAAGUCUACUCAAUGGAUCGAGGAUUUUUCAUUGUAAGGUGUUACACUUACUCGUCGCUCACAAUUUCAAUGCGCAAGGUGGCUGUCUUCCAUCAGUAUCGCAAGAUGAAUCCUCUUCAGGUGUUAAAAGUAUAUCUUGAAUUUGGAAACACGGAUUUAAUAAUGCAAUCUACGUGUUCGCUGCUUCUUCGAUUUCGUGAUGGAAUUCCGAAGUAGAGCUAUGACUGUCGGUAGAUCAUGUAUCGAUAUAUAAGGGGUUGGGUAUACCUUCCACGAAUAUCAAACAAAUAUUCAUUAUCAUCACAUCUUAUCCAACUUCUUUCAAAACUUCAACGAACUUUUUCCAAAGCUUUCUCAUUCAGGACAGAAAGUAAGAAAUAAUUAUGCCAGCCCCCAAGAUUGCCAUAGCCGGUGCCGGACCUGGUGGUCUAAUUUUAGCUCGUCUGCUCCAACACAACGGGAUCCAGUGCACAGUUUUUGAGCUCGACGCCAACAGAGAUGCUCGUUCACAAGGUGGCAUAAUAGACCUCCACGCCGACAUGGGUCAACGCGCUAUUCGCGAAGCCGGUCUCAUGGAAGAAUUUCAAAAACACUCUUUGCCAGAUGCAGAUUCCAUGAAGCUGGUAAAAGCUGAUGGUACUGUUGCUUGGGAUGAAAAUAACAAGAAUGACGAGAGUGAUUCUAUCCGUCAAGCUAGAGAUCGCCCUGAGAUUGAUCGCGCGAGACUUCGUGACAUUCUUCUGGACUCCGUUGAGCCAGACUCCAUUCGGUGGAACAGCAAGAUUGUUAGCGUCGAGCCAAACGAGAGUAAUCCCGCCCAAUUUGAUCUUCACUUUGCGGACCAAGUUGCAGAAGGAUUUGAUCUUGUUAUUGGAGCUGACGGCGCCUGGUCAAAGGUUCGACGCCUUGUCUCGGCACAGGUCCCCGAGUACUCCGGAGUUAGCAUGGUCGAAUUGACCGCUCGCAACGUUUCAGAGAAAAAGCAAUGGCUUUCUGAUUAUGUCGGUAAAGGUAGUUUCUUCAUGUUUGAUGAAGGUCGUGGUAUAAUCUGCCAACGGAAUGGCUAUGAUGGUAUUCGAGUCUACGCCGGGGUACGCAAGCCAGAAUCUUGGAUCAAGGAUUGCGGUAUUGACUGGGAAAAUCCUAUUGAGGCCCGCAAACAACUCACGGAACAGUACUUCGGAGAUGUACAUGAUAACCUGAAAAGACUUCUAUCCGAAGCAACUGAUACCCUCAUCGCUCGGUCAUUGUAUAUGCUCCCGGUGGGUUUCAAAUGGGAAAGUCGUUCUGGUGUCACACUUCUCGGAGAUGCAGCUCACUUGAUGACGCCAUUUGCGGGAGUUGGCGUUAAUGUUGCUUUGAAUGAUGCCAUGCUGCUUACGCAUGCUCUUCUGAAGCAGAAAGAUAACUUUGAGGCUGAUUUGAAGGGUAGCUUGAAGCAGGCUAUUGAGGAAUAUGAGGAGCAAAUGUUCGUGAUUGCCAAGAAGAAUAUGGAGAAGACGUACCAAGGCUUGAAACUCCAUUUCAGUGCGGACGGUGUUGAUCAUAUGGUGGCGCGUCUACAGAAAAUGGGCCAGCUUGUUGAAGAAGCUAAGAAGAAUGGAGGCAAUUGAUAAUGCUGCUUGUAGUAGCAAUUUAGCGAUUGAAAUUAAGCUCGGAGUCGGAAGUGUAAAGGUUGAAGAUACGGGGUUAUUGUGCAUUGGUUAUUUGAAUUUGAUUGGACAUGCAACUAGAAAGGGAUUUUAAAUGCAAGACUAUUACCA